UAUAGCUCCCCGUCCCCAUCUCCAGUGUCCACCUCUCCCUCAACUUCUGCCUUUUGGUCAUGGCGGUAAACCAUGUUUUCUCUCUCCAAAUCAUGGAUUUAGCAGUUUAUAUAUCUCUCUCACUGUGCCUUGGAUUUUCUGUUUGAUUCACAUACACAGAGAGAGAGAGAGAGAGAGAGAGAGAGAAAAAGGAGAAAGUUAAAAUGGAUGGUUCUUUCUAUAGCCUCCUUUGUCAGGAAAGUGAGACUCGCUUGUAUGAAGAGCUGGUGGAAGAGGACACGUUCAUUAACUUUAAGAAUUAUGAUGGCUAUGAAGAUGGGUAUAUGGAGAUAUUUUUUGAAAGAGAAAUCUGUCAUGGGUUCUCAAGAAGUGAGUCUUUGGUCUUUGGAAACUGGGUCAAAUGUGCUCGCUUGGAAGCUAUCACAUGGAUUCUCAAAACCAGAGCAGCAUUCGGAUUUCGCUUCCAAACAGCUUAUUUGUCUAUGACAUACUUCGAUCGAUUCCUUUCAAGGCGUUCCAUCGAUAGUGAAAAUUUGUGGGCUAUUAGAUUGCUCUCAGUAGCAUGUCUUUCUUUGGCUGCGAAGAUGGAGGAGUUAAAAGUUCCAGUGUUGUCAGAGUAUCUAUUAGAGGAUUAUAACUUCGACAGCGAAGUCAUUCAGAGAAUGGAGCUUUUGGUAUUGAGCACAUUGGAAUGGCGGAUGUGCUCAAUCACUCCUUUCGCUUUUCUUUAUUUCUUCAUCAACAAGUUUUACGAGGAAUCUCCGCCAAGCAAUAUAGUGUCUAGAACUGUGCAGAUCAUCUUAGCCAUAAUGAGAGAGGUCAAUUUAAUGGGCCAUCGACCGUCUGCUGUUGCUGCUGCCGCCGCCUUGUUGGCUUUGGACGACAGAUUCACAAGAAGAGCAUUGGAAUUGAAGAUGAAUUCCAUUUCUCAUCGUAGAUUUCUUGAAGUUGACGAUGUGUUUUCAUGCUAUAAUAUGAUGCGAAGACUACAAAUGGAGAUUCUUAAAAUCCCAAAGGCUGUGAAUUCUUCAGAUCUUUUGCCGACCCAAUCGAGGCCGAUUGAUGUUAUAGAAAAAUCUUCGGUUACUUCUGCAGUUACCAACAAAAGAAGAAAGCUUACGUUCAGUACUUGUGAUCAAAGUUAUGGAAUACCUGAUGAUAAACUCGGAUAAAGAGAUUUCUGACUAUUGAGAGUUUUCCAAAGAUUUAGCUAUUAUGGCUUUUACAAUGAUGAUUAUUGGUCUUAUGAGCUUUCUUUAAUCAAUACUUUGAUGGACAUGAUUUUGGUUUGCCUGAAUCUCCCUUAGGAAAGGAGAGACAGAGCAGGAAAAGAGAAAUAAAAAAGAAAAAAAAAAAACAAAGAAAAAGGCAAAGCUUUGGGCUACAUACAAAAAGCUGACUGUUAUUAGACCAAUGCCACGAUAUGAAAAAAAAAAAAAAAGGCUGGGAAGAGGAGAGGAGGGGGGGCUGCUUCAAGACUGCAUGUAAAACAGUGGUAUUACUUCAUUCUUGUUCAAUUUUUUUUUGCUUAUAAAAAAGUUUAUCUCUAGUUUGUGGGUCUGAGAUGUCUGAGGCGACCUGGCUAUCGAUGGGAUGCUUUGGUGGUGUUUCGAAAAGGCUGAAAGCAAGGUAGAGUGAGGGGGAAAAGAUGGGCAAGGUGCCCUGUUUGUGUGAUUUGAUGCAUCUAUGCUUGUGUAAAAGGUGAAUGUGAUUGGAUUUGUUUGAAUGUUUGGGGCAUGCCUUUUCAAGCGGGCCCUCGCUCUUUUUUUUCCCGGUGAAGCUCUUGGCUUUGCUGGAUUGAGGGGCCAUGAAACCCAACACCUUGUUUAUGGAAUCAAAAGGA